GGCUGAGAUAGGCCCUGGGGUAUAUAAAGCGCAGGGUUGCCUGUCGCUCCCAAGGGCAGAUCUCCCUGCUGCCAGCUCUUCGCCAUGCGGGCCUCUCCUGCCUGGCUGUGGCUCCUCUCCUUGCUCCUGCAGCCCCUGCCGGCGGCACACGGCUACAUCUGGGCCUGGAUGUAUUCGCUGCCCUACCACGCCCCGGACCAGGCUGCCCUCCCGAGAAGCGCCAGUCCCCCGGCUGACAGCACAGCCAGCGUGGCGGCCGCGAGGUGCAGCCAGGACCGGCCCUGCGCCCCGGGGCUCUUCUGCGACAAGCAUUUCCGGCUGUGCCUGCCCCGGCGCCAGGAAGGGCAGUACUGCCGCCGCGACGCCCACUGCGCCCGAGGCCUGAGCUGUAUGUUUGGCCAGUGCCACAGAACCAUGCCGGACGGGCAGGAGGGUGCCCGCUGCCGGCAGGACAAGGACUGUGACGGGGCCAGCUGCUGUGCCCGCCACCAUGGCGAGAUGCUCUGCAGGAGAAGGCUGGCUCUGGACCAGAGCUGCUACGUGCCCCCGGGAGGCUUGGCCUUCAGCCUCAACCAGGUCUGCCCCUGCCAGGAGGGGCUGGUGUGCCGGACCGGGGCUGCUGGCGGCGCGAAAACGGUCGACUAUUGGCAGGGUAAAAGUGACUGGCGCUGCAUGAAGCCCUUGCUGUAGAGCGGAGGUGCCGGGGCGCCCUUCCCCGAGGACACGAG